CAGGGGAGCAUGGCUGCGUUAAAAGUUUUACCGCGAUUCUACAUUCUCUGUUUACAUGCUCAAUAAAUCGAAGUGUGUACAAUAAAUAGACUUUAUAAUACUAACUGUAAAGUGAUUGCAAGUUUUUGUAUAGACUCUCAGUGACAAACAAAAACCAAAUGAACAAUUUAACUGUGAAAAUAUGACGAAAAACUUAAGUGAAAUGAUUACGUUAAAAGUUUGGAUGUGUUUGCUUGUGGUGGUAGGUGCGCGCGCACGUUCCGCGCCGCCCGCCCCGAACGGCUGUCAGUGGGACUAUUCGGACGCAAAGUUGAGUGAAUCUAACUUUCUCACGUGCAACAUCAAAACCAUAGGAUCCGCGGACUUUUUGUUUAAAAAUAUUACCACUGCGCAGGCGUAUAAUAUCAACAAGUUAAAAUUGACUUGUACAGAUUUGCUUUUCUUUGAGAGUUCAUUGCACAUGAAUACAGGCAGUUUUUUGGGACAGCUGAGAAAGCUAGAGGAUCUUCGUAUUGAAUACUGCAAAAUUCGCUAUGUACCAGCGACUGUAUUUUCACCACUUCGUGAUUUAACUAGCUUGACCUUGCGUUCGUAUAAUACAGAUUGGCCUGCAAUGACUAUGGAGUUUCAUGCUGAGAGUUUUCGUGGUUUAAUGGAGCUGCGUACUUUGGAUUUAGGAGAUAACAAUAUUUACAUGUUACCUUCCCAAGUAUUCUGUCCACUCUUCAGUUUAGAAUCACUUAACCUAACAAAUAAUCGAAUUCAAGAUAUUUCCGAUAUUGGAUUUUCCGAUUGGGGUAAAGGACCAAUCGCACCAGGUAAAUCAUGCAACACAGGACUAAAGAUGCUGGAUUUAUCUCAUAAUAAUAUUUUAAGAUUACCUGAUAACGGGCUUUCCAGUCUCAGGUCCCUGGAAGUAUUGAACAUUCAAAACAACUUGAUAAAUGAAAUAGGCGAUAGAGCUUUUGUCGGCUUGAAUUCUUUGAGAAUUUUGAACUUGUCAGGAAAUAAGCUGGUCGCUGUCCCUCCAGAAUUAUUUCAAUCGUCAAGAGUUAUAAAAGAAAUUUCAUUAGCAAAUAAUUCACUGUCUGUAUUAGCGCCAGGAUUACUAGAAGGACUUGAUCAACUGGAAAAAUUGGAUUUGUCUAGGAAUCGACUUACUAAUGACUGGGUUAAUCGAGAUACUUUUGCUGGACUAAUAAGAUUGGUUAUAUUAAAUCUAUCAUACAACGCGUUAACUCGUUUAGAUCCCAAGUCAUUUCAAGAUUUAAAUAACUUACAAGUAUUAAAUUUAGAUAACAAUGGUAUUGAAACAAUCAGCAAUGGUGCCUUUGGAGAGCUUAGAAAUUUACAUCAACUGUCAAUAUCAGACAACAAAAUUAUGGCACUCAAUGAGAACAUUUUUUCUAACUUAUUUGUAUUAAAUCAACUAUAUUUAGACAAUAAUCGAAUAGCAAUAAUUCAUGAACGCUGCUUUGAAAAUAUCACAUAUUUACAAGAUUUAGGAUUAAAUGGAAACAAUUUAAAUAUGAUACCUGAUGGUAUUAAAAGACUUAGAUUUUUGAAAACCCUAGAUAUUGGCAAAAAUAAUAUAACAAAAAUUUUCAACGCAUCUUUUGAGGGUUUAGAAGAACUUUAUGGAUUACGCCUCGUCGAUAAUCAUAUUUCUAGUAUACCAAAAGAUACUUUUAGUACUUUACCAUCACUACAAGUUCUUAAUCUAGCAUCUAACAAAAUAGAAACUAUUGAACAAGAUGCAUUCUUAUCGAAUCCAACAUUAAAAGCAAUUCGUUUAGACGGGAAUAAGUUAUCUGAUAUUCGAGGCGUAUUCAAUAAAUUGAACACCCUCGGCUGGCUGAAUAUAUCGGACAAUAAGCUAAUCUACUUUGAUUUUAGUUACAUGCCCGAAAAUCUUGAAUGGUUGGAUAUACAUAGUAAUAAUAUCACAAAGUUAGAAAAUGAACACAACGCGCAACAAAAUAUUCGAAUGCUUGACGUAAGCUAUAAUGCUAUUGAAAAUAUCGAUGAACGGUCGAUACCCGAAUCUAUUGAAGUGCUUUUCUUAAAUAACAACAAGAUUCACACGAUUCACCCAGGUACAUUCUUACAAAAAAAGAAGUUAGAAAAAGUUGUCGUGACAGAUAAUAAAUUAAGAACUGUCGAACUAUCAGCAUUCACUCUGCCUCACAUUCCCAAAAGCAGACUUUUGCCAACAUUCUUUAUUGGUAAUAAUCCUUUUAUAUGUAACUGUCACAUGAUAUGGUUACAAAAGAUUAAUUUAUGGAAUCACAUGAGACAAUAUCCUAGAUUUGUGGAUUUAGAGUCUGUAACGUGCGAAGUUGUAAACAACAAAUACGGUGGAAAAGCUAAUUUAAUGGAUGUUCCGGAGUCACAAUUUCUAUGCUCAUAUGAAACUCAUUGUUCAUCUAGCUGCUUUUGUUGUGAUUUUGAGGCAUGUGAUUGCAAAAUGACAUGCCCAGAAGGUUGUUCCUGCUUUCAUGACAGUAAUUGGAAUUCAAAUGUGAUUGAUUGCUCUAACGUUGGAUACACUGAUAUACCUGAAAAAAUACCUAUGGAUGCAACUGAAUUGUAUCUUGAUGGCAAUGAAUUCAUUUCGCUUGGUAGUCAUUUAUUUAUUGGUAAAAAGAAAUUACAUAAGCUUUAUCUAAAUAAUAGUAAAAUAGAAACUAUUGACAACGACACAUUUAAUGGACUCCAUUCACUGAAUGUACUUCAUCUUGAAAAUAAUCAUAUAACUGAGCUAUCUGGUGAUGAAUUUUCACAAACAAGACACUUACGAGAGUUAUACUUAAAUGAUAACCUCUUAACAAGUGUUGCGAAUAAGACUUUUGAACAUUUGACUUUUUUAAGAAUUGUACACUUGCAAGGUAAUAAAAUUAUUGAUUUAGACAAAAAACUAGCACACAUUAUACACCUUGAGAGUAUUAAUGUUGAAGGAAAUGUAUUUACAUGUACAUGUGAUAAUGUGUUAUUGUUACAAAAUUGGUUCAAAAAACACUAUGAAGAUCCCGUAGAAAUGUUUUGUGCAGACGAAUAUGGACUAGUUUCUAACCUAACUGUGUUUGAUGUUAUUGAUAAGUGUCGUGACUCUAGUGUAACAGACAAUACAAUCCCUACUGAGAAUCAGCCAUACCAGUAUGAUGAAGUGAGCUCUAUAAAAUUGAACUUUGUUCCACUUUUAGCUGUAGUUCUAAUUAGUGUAAUCCUAAUCCUUUUAUUUGGUGCCUUAGCUUUUUCGUUUAGGCAAAAUGUACGCCUUUGGGCUCACUCUAAAUAUGGUGUAAGAUUAUUUAAAAGUGCUUCUAUUCAAGAAAGUGAACUUGAUAGAGAUAGGCUAUAUGAUGGAUAUGCUGUAUAUAGUUUAUUGGAUGACGAUUUUGUAUCUAAAGUAGUAGCCCCAGAGAUGGAACAUUCUGGAUAUACAAUGUGUUUCCAUUACAGAGAUUUACAACUAGCACCUGAAAAUUAUUUGAUAGACCAAAUAACUAAUGCUGCUGAGUCUUCAAAGAGAAUUUUAAUAUUUGUAUCGUUUAAUUUCUUGCAAAAUGAAUGGUCGAAACUUUCAUUCAAAGAUGCCAUGAAACAUAUUAUAACUUCUAUUCACCCGUCAAUAAGACGACAUAGAGUCGUUUUUAUUUUAACAACUGAUGUAAGUGCACUAAAUUUAGACUUGGACUUUCAAAACUAUUUAAAAACAUGCAACGUCUUAUUAUGGGGUGAAAAGAAGUUUUGGGAGAAAAUUAGAUUUGUUAUGCCCGACAUUUCUAACUUACAAUGGAAUAAAGAUACAAUGAAUUACAACCAUGGCGUCUGUCCAAAUGUAAGACGGCAUCCUUCUAGAUAUACGGCAUCACCGACUGCCCCUGAACAUUGGUAUAAAUAUGAUGCAAUACCACCACAAACGCCAACCACCACAAAUGUUGGCAUAAACUUAGAAGAUGACACGUCAAUGUUAACAAAUACGACCUUGACGAGUCAGCUUCAGGAGGGCGAGAAUCUUCAUCACAGUUAUAUUUCAAUAGAUACUCAAAAUUAUGAACAGCCUUACGGUGGGCGGCCCAGGCCUCCGAAUACGCUUCGUAAACAUACCGUAUCACAUUCUCCUUCGAUGCUUGACGAACAAGGUUACUUACAACCUCGAUCGUCUGUACACGAGGGCUUGCCUCAAACCCAUUCAGCUCACAGAUGAUAAGACUCUAUUUUUAUCUCUAAAGAUAUUUUUAAUGGAACUUCACAUUCCAAGCACAUGUGUAGGCUGCUUUUUAAGUUGGCCAUGCCUUAUUAAUACGUGAUAAUUUUACAAAAGUGUUGAGUCAGAUUAUUUGGCCAAAAUGUAAUACUUUGUUCCUUAGUAGCUAACAAAUGUAUUUGAUGAGACUGUUAUUAAAAUAUAUAUUGUAAUUGGUGUUGAAUGAAGCCUUAAGUUUAAUAUAAAUUCUGUGCUGUAAAUAAAAUAAACAAUUUGUUGUUUAUGAUUAAGACUGAUGUAUUAUGUAUUUGUAAAAUUUAAUAAAAGCCAGUAUCAGGACAAAAUGAACAUGUUUGAGUAUUUUCGUAUAGUAUGUAUUAUCUCAUUGUUACCAAAUAUUGUGUAAGUAGAUAUUGUAAUUAGUUAUUUUAUAAAUUAGAUAAGUAUUGUAUAGAUAUACUAGUCAUUAGUUAGGAAUUGACAAGUUGAAACUGUAGAUUGUUUUGACUGAGUAGUUUAUGAUACUUAUAUUUUAUAUGUCUUACUUUGAAAAAAAAUUAUAAGUUUGUAUUACAAUAAGUAUCAUUGACUAUAUGGCUAAUAACAACAAAUAAUAUUAUCAAUGUCGACUGUUACAUAAAUA